CUGUGACUCAAACGAAGAAGAAAACCGGAAGCGUCGUUUCUCCUCCUGCUGGCUAAAGCUACGUUGGUGUCAUCGUCUUAUCGGUUUGGGGUUUGGCGACAGAAACAACAGCCGUAUUUCGUGUCCAGCCACGAAUACCUAUUUCCACUGGGGUCUCUGGAGAGAUGAACAACAACGGGAAUAAGAGAGCUCCAACAACAGCCACUCAGCGACUCAAGCAGGAUUACCUCAGGAUAAAGAAAGACCCUGUGCCUUACAUCUGUGCAGAACCUCUCCCCUCCAACAUCCUAGAAUGGCACUAUGUAGUCAGAGGUCCUGAAAAAACUCCAUAUGAAGGAGGAUAUUAUCAUGGAAAACUUAUAUUUCCUCGCGAAUUCCCCUUUAAACCACCAAGUAUCUAUAUGAUAACACCAAAUGGGAGAUUUAAGUGUAAUACAAGGUUAUGUUUGUCCAUCACAGACUUCCAUCCAGACACGUGGAAUCCUGCGUGGUCCGUCUCCACCAUCCUCACGGGUCUGCUCAGCUUCAUGGUGGAGAAAGGCCCCACCCUCGGCAGCAUUGAGACCUCUGACUACACAAAAAGACAGCUGUCAGCCCAAAGCCUGGCCUUCAACCUCAAGGAUAAAGUCUUCUGUGAGCUGUUUCCCGAUGUAGUCGAUGAGAUGAAGCAGAAACAGAAGGCCCAGGAGGAGUUAAGCGCUCGCACUCAGCCCCUGCCCUUACCCGACGUGGUGCCCGACGGUGACCCUCAGCACGCCCACUACGGCCUCCCCGCCCUCAAUGGAGGUCCCGUCCCGCUCGGGGGCGCCAACCCCGCCCCUGGCCUGCAGCAGGCCAAUCGGAACCACGGACUUCUAGGUGGGGCUCUAGCCAACCUCUUUGUGAUCGUAGGCUUUGCGGCGUUUGCCUACACAGUCAAGUACGUGCUGAGGAGCAUAGCCCAGGAGUAAGAGGAGCCAGUGUUGUAGGGCGACGCUCCCCCCUGCAGGCGAGCCAGCUAGCGGACUCCACAUUCUACAAACACACUACGUGGGGGAGGGAUGUUCUGUCCUCGGUUAAACCCCUCCACGACCACCACCACCACCACAACCACCACCACCACCACCAUGGACUUUGGAAGACGGGAACUCAAAGCCGACCCACCCAGGAAGGACUGAGGAGGAGAAGAAGAAGAAGAGGAGGAGGAGGAGGUGGGGGAGUGGACGGGAGUGGUAGUAGGACCGGGGGAUUGGAGGGGCUUAUUAAAACGGUUGUGAUCCACUCUGUGCUUCAGUGGUUUAUGUCAGCUGUAGGAACAAACUUGGCUCAUGGGUUGUGGAAAUUAUGACAUGCAAAACAGGUCAUAGUUUGUUGCACCACGCUGGCGGCUGGUCACAAACACAAAUAUGCUUUACUGAGGUGAAAUGAAAUAAAUAAAAUGUCGCUCUCCUGCACUAUCAUGAACAUUACUGAUAAAAGCUUGUUUCUUUAACAGUUAAGUAGGCGUUCCCGUGCCCAUCCCCUUUUACAAAAUGUAUUUCCCUCUGCGGUGCUCAUUUAUCGGAUCAAAUAGAACUCUCUGUGACUCGUUGCAGCACCAAAGGUUUUCAAAGUUGGGAGAAAGUGAGUGCCACAGAGACCAGUUGUAGGGUGUUCUUGAUUAAUCUUGUGCAUUUGAAGCGUGAGCAACUUGUUUGUGGCAUUGGAGCCAGUUUCUCUUUUCAUAGCAUUGAAGCGUCAGGUUUCAUUAACCUGCAGCUGCAGUUCAAAAACCAGUUUCUCUGCCUUUUAAUUUCUUGGAAUUGUUGAUAUCCAGGUGAAAUAAUUAAAACACACAACACAGACAUAUAUCAUCCCCAUGUAAGAUUUAUUUUUGCAUAUUUUCCUGACAGAGAUCUUUUAUGCUGCCUCGAGGUCCAUGUGGAGCAGCGGGAAAGGGUAGCGUUUUAAGGUUUGAGGCACAUCAGUGAGUAAGGCUGUCAGUGACAACAGCAAAAUCACAUGUAAAGAAAGGUGAAAAACAAAUGCUUAUAAGUCCAAAAACAGUACGCCAAAAUGUGAUGCAGCUCUAACCUUGUACAGGUAUCAGUACUUCUGUAGCUCAUCGGUACGGUCUAUGUUCUGCAGCAAUCUUACACCUGAUGAUGCAGUACCAAGUUCUCUUUUAUAUCUAGAGGAAAAGCAUAAAAACACACACACUUGGCAUAUCAGUCUGUGAAAGAGCUACAGACACAUGGUCAGAGUCUCAAGUCUCCCGUCAACCCAUGAGCCAAGCAGUGAACCCGUUGUCUGCACAGAAGUAAAUAGAGACCUGUACCUUUUUUUUUAAAUUGGCUUAGCUGACCAGUAUACCGCCACUCUAUAUAGGUCCAAGUAAGGAGACACAUGAAGAGAACCAACAUUUUAUUUCUGUAUAUUAUUUUCUUUUUGAUAAUUCUUUCUUUGUGUUUUGUUCUCUUUAUUUAUAGAAAUGGCCUCGGCUCGUCUGUCAUGGUUCUAAAGAAAUGUCUAGUGUUUGCUAAGCAGGGCAGGCAAACACGCAGACAGGCCAUGGCCCAGGCUCAUAUAAUUGCUGAUAAUUUCCUGUUGUGCAUUGCAUUUAGUAAAGAUGGGUCUACUGUGUAUCUAAUGUUUCAACAGAAAAAUUGUCUGAAAGCAGAAGAUUCGCCUUUCUAUUGCUGUUUUCUUGGCACCAUCUUUAAAAAAAAAGACACUGCUGAUGAUGGGAGUGGGUUUGUGUGAUUAUACAGCAAAUGCCCAAAUUUCCAUGCUUCAGUUAAUCUUGUGUGACAUUGUAUGUUUUCAUAGUAAAUGCAAAUAAAUUACCCUGCUUGGCAGGGCAUUUUAGAAGAA